AUGAAGCGAUCAGACAGUGUGUCCAAAAGGUGGAGCGCUCAACUCCCGUCGGGACUUAAUCGAGGCAAUCCUUUUGCUAGCAACCGCAACAGUUACGCUGCUCCUUCCGGUGGCGAUGCAUUCUCAACUACACCUUCGUACAGGUUGAGUAGAGAAGGCUCAAGCCUCUCACCCUCGCGGCCCAGUUCAAGCCAUAGACCAGGUUCUAGCCACAGACCUAGUUCUAGCCAUAGCGAAGCGACCGUUGUUCAUCCCCCCAAGGACUACGAACGGCCGGCCACUCCUCCCGUUCCCGGCAGCAACAUCACGCGAUUGGAUGAAGGAGCUCGCAGACCGUCUCUCAGCCUUCAUACACGGUCUACUAGUACGAUUGAAAGAAGCGCGGAUUCUGGUUCAUUGCCUCCGACGAGUCCGUCAGUUUCGAGGACCAUGGACCCUAAGAGGUGGAGCCCGACCAAAGCCACCUGGCUAGAAAGUGCAUUGAACCGUGAUGAAUCACCCAGACAUAAACGGCAGCCCUCCCAACAGUCACCCUGGGCCAAAGAUCGGCAAUCAAGAGGCAGCGUUGACCUAGGUCGGACUGCGAGCUUCAAAGAAGUCACACCCGUGGGACUUAUGCGCACUACCGCCCCUGGCACUCACUCCAAGACAUCAAGUAUUACCGGCAUCCCGGACUUAUUCUCCAGCCAAGAUGCAGGAAAGGCGAAAGAAGGGGAACCCGAACCCAUCCAAGAAAAUGCCGAUCCCAAGGAUCUUGAUUUACCACCAGCGGAGACGCCAGCAGAGAAAUCAACAGAGGUCGUUCCUUCGAGAGAGAGUUCUCCUACUAAGACAGUGGUAGAACCGGAGAAUAAAGAAGAUGAUGCUGCGAAGCCCAAACUUACACCAUCUGCCUUGAGCCCGAUCACCAAGACCACCAGCGAUGCGCCCUUGGCAUCUCCUCGCGAUCCGCUAUUGAAUAGGCCCAAACCCCUGUCUCCCGUGAUUGAUUUCCGAGCAAAUCUUCGGCGACGAGAAGUGGUCAAGGAUGAAGCGCCAAAGGCGGAACCGGAGUUUAAGAAUGUCUUUGGAAGGCUGAAGAAAGCAGAGUCCUCAAGCUAUGUACCGCCGGACCAGCUGAGAGAAAACAUACUCAAAGGCAAGGCCUCUCUCAGUGCAUCAAGCGGCCCAAAGAAAUCGCAGAAGGUGGACGAAUUAAAAGAUAGCAUCUUGAAGCAAAAAGAAGCAAUCAAAGCCGGCGGGGGCUCGUUGAGGCGCAAUACUGCUGGAGAGAAUGAUGCCCCCAUGAAAUUCAUUCCAGAAGCGAUUGCAAUGCGAAAUAAUUUGACUAAGUCCAGCAGUAUCAAAAGCAAUCUUUCAGCCGCUGAUACGUCGUCGCCACGAUCGCCACUCUCGCCUAGAGAGCCAGAUACACCAAAAAGUGCACAUGGUCCGCAGCUUUCUUCGCCUUUAUUCUCUGCUGGCGAUCGUAUUGAGGAACCCCAGAUUUCGCCGGCCAUCGCAGAAUCACAAAAGCCCGAUGUUGAUGAGAAGCAGACAGAGAUCGCGGGGCCGGAGUUGACAAACGAUGUGAAAGAAGAUGAGCAGGAGAUCACGGAUGAGGGGAACGUGAACGCUGAAGAAGAAUCGAAGGAGGAGGGCAUCAAUCCGGUGCGUUCUCUGCCACCGGGGGAUUCCAUGCAGGCUACGAGUGCGCCUGUCGUGACUGAGAGUCCUGCUGCUAAAAGUAAACUCGCAGGCCGAUUAAAUCCUGCCUUAGCGGGCCUUCUCUCCCGUGGUCCGCCCGCUGCAAUGGACCUGUCGAUGAGGGCUCCUUCUACCAACGGUGCCGUAGGAAGUAGCUUAGGGGUGGAGGAACCACAGGCUGCCGCACUCACUCAUCUGACAAAAGGUCGCGCGAGAGGACCAAAGAGACGUCUCCCUCAGGGUACUACACCGGAAGGUACGAACUCACUCUUCGAUGAAAACAAUUUUGUACCAGAGUCUCCGCCAACACCUUUGGAUGCACAGAGACCAGAACCAAUGUACCUGGAGUCAGGGGAGGAAAGUGAUGCUUCAGAGUUUUCAGCACCCCUGGACGCAGAAGAACCCGAAACCGUCGAAUCGCAACGAGAGAAGGAAAAGGAUGCUCCAGAGCCAACAGCGCCUGUGGAUGAGGAAAAGCCCGAAGCUGCUAUGCAAGUUAUGAGCCGAGUUACGAGCCCAGUCUGCGAGGGAAACCCUGGUGCACCAGAGCUGUCAGCACAUAUGGAUAAGGAGGAACCUGAAUCUGAACCUGCUAGCCCAGUACGAAAAGAUAUUUAUACUCCAGAGCCGUUAGCUCUUGUGGACGAAGAGAAGCCUGAAGCUAGGAGCCCAGCUCUAGAGGAGAAUAUCCAUAUCUUAGAGCCAUCAGUAUAUGUGGAUGAGGAGAGACUCGAAAUUACAAGCCCAGCCUACGAGAGGAAUACUGAUGCACCAGAGCCGUUAGCACCUAUGUACAAGGACGAGGAGGAGUCGGAACCUGCGAGCCCAGUCCAUGAGGAGAAUUUUGAUUUUCCACAGCCAUUAUCAUCGAUGCAUAAGAAGGGACCUGAAGUUACGAGCCCAGUUCGUGAGGACACCGCCGAUAUUCUACAACCGUCAAUAUAUGUGGACGAGGAUAGAUUCGAAGCCUUGAAUCCAGUCCGUGAGGAGAUUGCUGACACCCUACAACCGUCGGUUUAUGCGGAGGAAGGGCAAUUCGAAGCUUCGAGCCCAGUCUAUAAGGAGACUUUCGAGACACUAGAGCUGCCGGUACCUGUGCAUGAGGAACUCGAGUCUGCGAGCCCAGCCCGGGCAGGGACUAUCAAUGCCACGGAGCCUUCAGAUCUUGUGAACAAGAAGGAGCCUGAGGUUAUGAGCUCCUUGCCAGAGAUAAAGGACACGGUCCCGAGGUCACCAUCAGUCUUUUCGGAUGCACAGGGACCCGAAUCCCUGAGCUCUGCUCUAGAAGAGGAUGAUGAUGAUGAUGAUGCUUUCGAGUCAACCCUAGAUGCAAAGGAGGCCGAAGCCACAAGCCCAAUCGCUGAGGUGCACGUCCCGGAGAUGAAAGUCUCUGAAGCCUAUGAAACGCCUCUAAAAUCUCCGUCAAUCCCAGAUACACAGAGGCCAGAGUCUGUGCAUUCCUCUUCAGAGGAGAGGAGUCGUGUUCCCGAGCCACUAGCGCUGGAGGCAGAAGCCACAAGCCUAAUUCCUAAAGUGCAGACCCCUGAGAUCAAGGAAACGGCUCCGAAGGCCUUAUCUAUCUCUUCUGAUACACAGAGACCAGAAUCCCUGUACUCUGCGUCAGAAGAUAGUGAUGUCCCAGUGUCUCCAGUGCUGGAGGCAGUUCAGGCCGAAGCCAGAAAUUUAAUUCCUGAAGCGCUGACAUCCGAGGGGACGAUUUCUGAGGUUAAUAAAACAGCUCUGAAGUCCCCAUCAGUCUACUCAGGUACACAGAGACCAGAAUCCAUGUAUUCGUCUUCAGACGAGAGCGAUGCUCCAGAGUCUCCAGUUCUAGGCGCAGAGAAAGAUGAAGGCACAGGCUCGAUUCCUGAGUUACAGGUUUCUGAGGUGAAGAUCUCCAAGGUUGAUAAAGUGCCCCCUAAACCUUUAUCAAUCUCGUCGGAGACACAAAGACCUGGGUCUAUGUAUUCUUCUUCAGAAGAGAGUGAGGCCCCAGAAUCUCCAGUGCUGGGAGCUCAGGGGGCCGAGAAGCCUAGUACCGCGUACCCGUUUGCUAGAGUGCAGCUUUCCGAGGCAACGAUUUCUCAGGUCGACGAAGCAGCCUUGCAACCUUUAUCGACCUCUUCAAAUGCAACAAGACCGGAGUCUAUGUAUUCUUCAGACGAGAGCGAGGCCCCAGAAUCUCCAGUGCUGGGGGCUCAGGAGGCCGAGAAGCCUGGCACCACAUACCCGAUUCCUGAAGUGCAGCUUUCUGAGACAAGGAUAUCCACGGUCGACGAAACGGUCAUUCGGCCUCUAUCGAUCACGUCGGAGGCAGAGAGGCCGGAGUUUAUGUAUUCUUCUUCAGAAGAGAGCGAUGCUUUAGAAUCUCCAGUGCUGGGGGCUCAGGGAGCUGAGAAGUUUGGCACCACAUACCCGAUUCCUGAAGCGCAGCUUCCUGAGGCAAAGAUCUCCAAGGUCGAUGAAACGGUCAUUCAACCUCUAUCGAUCACGUCGGAGGCAGAGAGACCGGAGUCCGCGUAUUCUUCUUCAGAAGAGAGCGAUGCUCCAGAAUCUCCAGUGCUAGGCGCUAAAAAAGGUGAAGUCAAAAGCUCUAUCCCUGAGGUGAAGAUCUCUGAGACGGAUGAUAAGUUCUCAGAGUUCAGAUUAUCUCUCCCAGAUGUGCCGGCACCCACACACUCAGUCCCGGACGAGAACAAUGACGCUGUGAUUACUCCAGCACUGGAUGCAAAAGAAAACGAGAACACAAGCUCAAUCCCGGAGGUAAUUGUUGCCGAAGUGGACGGCACAGUUCCAGAGUCUCCAUCGGUCUUCUCAGAUGUACAGAGGCCAGCAUCGAUACACUCGGUUUCGGAAGAACACGACGAUAAGGCGGUGGAGUCUCUAGCACUGGAGGCAGAGAAAGUCAAGGCCACAAGUUCGCUCCCUGAGGUUACUACUCCCGAGGUGAAUGGCGCAGUCCCAGAGUCCUCAUCGCUCCCCCCGGCUACACAGGCGCCAGCACCCGCACACUUGGUUCCGGAAGAGAACAGCAAUAAGGCGGUGGAGUCCUCAGAAACGGAAGCAGACAAAAUCGAGGCCACAAGCUCAGUGUCUGAGAUUACUGUUGCCGAUAUGAAUCAUACAACUCCAGGGCUCCCAUCAGUCUUUUCAGAUGUGCAGAGACCAGCAUCGACACACUCUAUUACGGACGAGAACGAUAAUGAUACGCUGAGAUCCCCUUCACUGGAUACAGGGGAUUCCAAAGCUUUGUUCUCCGUCUCAGAAGGAAACGGGGCAGGUCCGACAUCCCCGGCAUCGUCUUUAUAUGCGCGAAGACCAGCAUCGACACACUCAGUUCCGGAGGGAAAUGAUGAUGAUACACUGAAGUCUCUAUCGCUGGAUGACAAGGAGCCCAAAGCUCUUUUCUCGGCUUCAGAAGCGAAUGAAGCAGCUCCGAAAUCUCCGGCAUCUUCUUUGAAUGCACGGAGACCUGUGUCGACACACUCGGUCUUGAAUGAGAACGAUAAUGAUUCUCAGAAGCCUCCAUCGCUGGAUGACGAGGAGCCCAAAGCUCUGUUCUCGGCUUCAGAAGCAAAUGAGGCAGCUCCAAAGUCCCCAGCAUCUUCUCUGAAAACACGGGGCCCAGUUUCACCCAUCGGUAGCCCGGGUGGUGUUUCCAGCGGCUGGCCACUUCCCGACACCCAAAUCAAACCGAAUGUUGAACCGAAAUCAAGCCCGAGCCAGCAUGAUUCGCCGGUGGCCAACAAGCCAACUGAAUUUAAGAGAAGCGUUCAUCGCUUGAUUGAGAGAGAGGCCGUGCAGAAGCCCGAUGAUGUGAGCUCCAAACCAUCAACAGCUUCGGCUAAGGCUGCUUCCCACAGUUCUUCCCCCAGUUGGGAGAACGCCAGUGCGUAUUUCAAGAGCUUAAGAAGUUCAUUCUCGGCUAAGCCUCCUUUGCCGCCAAAAACGGCACCACUGCCAUCGACCCCUAUGGCUAAUCAGACACGGAGCUCCCCAAUCCACUUCUCAUCACCUUCUCCGUCGCCUCUAAGGGGAAGCUUCAAAGAGAAUCAAAGCCAUGCACCUCCAACGCAGCAAAGAAGUGCUUCUUCGCUUUUUUCCACUAUCGGGUCACGAAGUUCGUCGCCCCGAGACAAAGCCUUGCCUUCUCCCCCUGUUCCCCCCAAGGGAUCCAGGGCCUCUGUUGACCGGUUUUCCUCGAGAUCCUCGACCUCGCUUGUACCUCAGGCCGAUGAAUCAUGGGAAGCCAUCUCUGAUUUCUUCAAGACCUUCCCAAAGUCGAGCGACCGCGUAAACAUCGACACUCAGUUGAUGCUGGCAGACAGGAGCGAUAACACAAAGAUCCGGACCCUCAAGAGACAACUGUGGGAGAUUACAGGCGAUGGAAAAAAGCAAGACCUGCCUGUUAAUCAGGAAUAUAUCUUGUAUGAAGGGAGCAUGUACCUGUGCAUGCAUCUUUUCGAAGCUGAUGGCACUGUGCGCUCUGAAGUGCACCUCUGGUGCGGUGACGACGUCCCCGAUGCAGCGGUAGAUGAUGCCCAGCCCUUCUCUCGCAAGGUCGCCAAGGAUAACGGGUCCAAGCUGGAGAUCAUCAAGCAAGGCAAGGAACCUGCUCGUUUCAUCCAGGCCCUGGGGGGAAUCCUCAUCACUCGCCGCGGCUCGAGCUCCCGGUCCAGUUCCUCCGCCAUUUUCAUGCUCUGCGGGCGCAAGCAUCUCGGCCAGAUGGUGUUCGACGAAGUCAACUUCUCGCCCAGCAGCUUGUGCUCCGGUUACCCCUUCGUGAUCUCUGCCAUGUUCGGCAAACUCUUCCUCUGGAAGGGUAAGGGCAGCUCGGCAGAAGAGAUCGGUGCGGCUCGCCUGAUCGGUAUGGACCUUGGCUUGACUGGCGAAUUCGAGGAAGUGGCCGAGGGCGAGGAACCAGCGAGCUUCUUUGAGGACUUCAUCCAGUACGAGCGGAAGACAAGCAACGACAGCAUCAACUACUGGCAGCUGAAGCCCAAUCUUGAACGUUACCGCUCGCGCCUUUUCCGCAUUGACCAUGAGCUGGGCCAGCGUUCAGGAUUCUGGAUGCGCUCACCUUCACCAGUCAUCCGGCCAAAUGACACCGUCCAAGAGGUGGAGCCCUUCUGCCAGAAAGACAUUACUCCCAAGGGGAUCUACGUCCUUGACACAUUCUUCGAGAUCUACGUAAUCGUGGGCGAGCAAGCAUCCAACCGCCCUGCCGAAUUCGCAUCCGCGGUAGUCCUAGCGCACGAGUAUGGCAUUCUAGCUGCAUCGCUCCAAGAUCGACCUUUCAUCCCAAAGAGUUUCGUCUCCCUGGGUGGAGUUCCAGAGUCUUGCAGCAGUGCGUUCCGGAAAUGGAACCCGAACUCUCCCUCUCAAUGCCUGCCCCAGGUGUUCCCCCUCAACGCAGCUAUUGAAUCCAUUCGGUCUCCCUAGUUUGCUUUCGGUUUCUUUCUUUUCGUUUCUUUUCUCUCCUUCUUGUCCUUCCUCGUCUGGUCUUUUAGACUUACUCGAGUGCGGUUAAUUGAUGGGAGGGUGCGGAUGAGGCAAUCCUUUUGUGCAUAGGUGUGGAUGAGGGAUGGGAGUUGGGCGGAUGUUGCGGUUCUUUUCUUCGUUGCUUUAUUUCGCUGGAGAUAUUGGCAUUCUUUGUGUAUGAUAAUUCAUUUCCGUCGCUGGGGUUCAUAGACCACUUUGAUCGGCACUGG